AUGCCGGUGGACGAGGUGGCCGGAGUUCGUGGCCGUGGUGGCCGUCCGGAGGAGGACGAGGACGGAGAGGAGGCGGACGGCGGCGGGAUCCGGGCGGCGCGGUGUAAGGGAGGCGGGGAAGCUCGCCGGAGCGGGCGGCCGGCGGAGGUAGGCGACAGCGACCACGGCGGCGGGGCGCGCCUCCUCCUCUGUUCCUCUAUCCCUAACCCUAACCCAGGCGACGGCGCCGUUGCCUGCGGCUCUCCCUUCACCGACGGCGCCAUCUGGUCCGAGUCCGAGCUGGAGGAGCACGUGUACGUCGGGGAGGCAGCAAGGCCAGCACGCCGUCGGUCCGUCCUUCCCUGGUUCCUCACCGAGCGCCACGAAGAGGAAAAGAUAAUGGUGAAGGAGAAGGGGAAUGAGAAGGGAAAGGGUGCUGGUAAGGAGAAUGCGAAGGCGAAGGCAAAGGAGAAAAGCGUGAAUUACCUAAAGUGGGCCUUUGGAGAACUAUAUGGAGAAGGAAGUACGAGGUUUAGGACUGAGAUCAAAACUGUGGAGAAAGAGUUGGCAGCCUUGUAUGACAAAUGUGUUGCUCAAAAUAAGCGAGCUGGAAAUGGAGAAAGCUCAUCUUCCUCUACAAACAUUCCUAGUAUCCCGGUUCAAGCUGGGUACGAGGCCUUCUUAUCGUCCCGUUCAACAAGAAUAUCAAAGAGUGAGUUGAGGAACUACUUAGAGGAUGCGGUUGCCCCUCGCGACAAGGCUCUUGAUCUUCUUGGUUGGUGGAAAGAGAAUGCUCCAAGGUACCCAAUGUUGGCCAAGAUAGCCAAGAGGUUCAUUACUAUCCCGGCUACCUCCGUGUCUUCGGAAUCUACCUUCAGCACGACCGGAAGGAUUUUAGAUGACUAUAGGAGUUCGUUAAAACCGGUUAUGGUGGAGGCAUUAGUUUGUGGUGCAAGUUAUAUCAAGGGUGCUCAUGUUGACUUGAAUCUGGUGCCGAGGGAUGAGAAUGAAGAGGAUGAUGUUGAGAACAUCAAGUUACCCACUGUGGUGGAGGAGAUCAACGAUUGACAUUCAUCAUGUGGAUGUUGAUCUUGCUAUUUUGGAGAUGAAUGUCAAAGUGAUCUUUCUCAUGUGAAGGCUACUUUUACAUUUCUGUUAUGUUUGUCAUGAACUAUGAAUUGUCACUGCUAGCUUGGAGAUGAACCUCUCAUUUGUGUUAUGUUCAACUUGUCAAUUGCCAUGGACUUGGAAUUGUUAGAGCAAGUUUGUAAUCGUGUCGUUCAAUGAUGAUAAGACCUUAUGUUUGUGGA